AUGCAAAGAACUGAUGAGGUUUUCCAAAUACGGAGAACCGACUUGACAGACGUGAAAGAAAUAGAAAAACUAAAGAAUGAAGUCGAUUUCAAAGGAUUCGGAAAACUAAAUUUGGUUAAGCUAAUUGAGAGAUCAACCUUAUCCUUAUGUAUUACUGAUAAUGAACAUAAUUUGGCGGGGAAUGUCUGCUUUUAUGAGUAUCCAAAUAGCAACGAGUUUCCACAGGAUGACUGGAUUUCUGUCUUCACUACCACCUACUGCAUCAAAAAUUUGACACCCACGAACUCACUCUUUCUUCACUUACUUUUAAUCGAUCCAAAUCGCGAAACGUUCCUAUUAAACCAACUUCUGAAGUCAGUGUUCCUCAUUGCUUCUUCGGUUCAUCAUAUAUUCGUUUUAUUAGAGGUUGACCAUAAUCUUAAGUGCAUAAAUUAUCCGCCGUUCCACAAACUCUCUAAGAAAAGGAGAGUGGCAAGUGAUGCAUACUGUGUUUACAGACAUGAUAUUUUUCCGGUUCUAUUCUCUCGCUCAGCAGCCGUGGAAGAUACAGAUGACCUUACGCCAAUGAUCAAUGCUAGCUCGGACAUACUUCGAAAGACAUAUGGAGAUUAUUACGUCUCAGAGCUGAUCGAAGCUCAAAGUGACGAAAUGAGAUGCAUCGUAGUAGAGUUUGACCGUAGAGCAGUUGGAUUUGUGAGUGCAACCAGAGAUGUGAACCUGAAAAAAUUGAAUGAACACUACGAUUUGGACGUGUUUAACGGACUAGUUACAGAUAAUGAAUUCACUGAGAUUUCAAGCAUCGCUUCAGGAAAUAAAACCCAAUUGAAUAUAAAUGGUAAUAUACAAGCGAAAUUUGAAUCAAGUUACAUAAGCACUAAAGAACAAGUUAAUUCAUUAGAAUUGGAUCAAUCAAAGUAUUAUUAUCCACUGAAUAACGAAGAAAAUAGUCAGUCAAACUAUUGGACAAAAAGACUUUUACAAGAAGAUCAAAACAUUAGUGACGUAAAUAGAAUUGAAUUGACUGAUAGCACAAAAUCGAAUGCAUUCGCAAUACAAAUUUUUAUUAUGAAACCAGAGUAUGAAUCAAGAUUUAUGGAUAUGUUACCACUACUGUUUCACCAGUUUCCUGAUUUAGAUUAUGCUGUAAUCUCUGUUCCUAGAUUAGUCGCAUGUUUUCCAAUGUUAAAAAGUUUUGUGCAUUGUAGAGUCAGACGAAAUAAAGAUCCUGAUCAUGAACUAUACGUAUUUCAUCGUUCUGAGCUUCACAGAGACUUCAUCAUAAGGCGUACACGUCACUCUGACGUAGAAGCCAUUAAAGUGUUAGUCAGUAAUAUGAAUAAACUGGAUCGUUCUUUACUCCUGGCUGACUUACAUGCAUUCAUAAGCAGUGGUAGAGAUGAAGACGGGACAAUAAUUUUAUGUUAUGUUGCCGUUGUUCUUGAUAAAGUGGUCGGUGUGGCAAUUUUACGCGGCGAAAAUCAUAUUGAAUGGCUUCGAGCUCAUUACAAUAUUGAUGACUUUAUCUACUAUACACAUUAUGCUCGAAAUGAACAUGUGUCUUUAUAUCACUUUCUGUUGGCCGCUAAUUUUCACUCGCGAACAUCAAUGUUUCUUCGUGAAAUCUUACGUCAAUCUAAAAAGGCAUGUAUUUAUUAUCGUGUUCUUCCACCAUAUGCAUCUGAAUCCGCCUUCAGUAAAUCAACACUGGCAACUUGCCUAUCAGUAUUAUGUCCUGUUAGGCCAAGAAAACAGAUUAUUUAUCCGAAAUCAUUAUUAGAUGAUAAUAAAGCACCAGAGAAAAGAGUCCUAGAAAAAUUUGACUCAAUGCCAGCCUUAUUUAUGACAACAUCAAAAUUGUUAAUGGAGCCAAGAGAAGUUAUAAAUGCCAGAAUUAUUGUCGUUGGUGCAUCAACAGCAGGUCUGGCAGUUCUUGAAACACUAGCCACUUGCCCAUAUAUUCGAUUCAAUAAUCUAGUACUGUUAUCUCCACAUGGUUUACCGGGAGAUAAUUUGGAAAGAAUAGACCCUCUUGCUUACAAGUUCCUGCCUACAGACCAUGCUUAUUCUGUUGAUUAUCUCAGUCAACUUGGAUUGAAAGUAUGCGUCAAUGUAGUUUAUGGUAAACUUACUGCUAUUGAUAGGAAAUUUAAAAGAAUCACUAUAUCAUCUAACGAUAAAUUAUCAUAUGAUUAUUUGAUCAUAACAACCGGACUACAGUAUCAUGCCAGCUGUCCAGUCAAUAAUACAGAAGAUAUAUCGAAAGAAAGGGCUGACAACUUCACCAUUUUGGUCAAUCAACAAUCUCAUCCUAUUGAUGGUGGUGACAUUGAUCGUAUGAGACGUCGAUUUACCAUCAUGCAUUCAAACAAAUCACAACCUAGUAACCUUUUCCUAAUCAAUGACGUUAAUGAUGUCCUACUGGUAAUAAAAUGGAUAAAUACUGUCUAUCUACCAUUGUAUCAUGAAGAACAGGUGAAAAAUCCCAAAAACAGAAGAUUUUCUAACAAUGAAGAGUUAGAUACUAGUGAAGAGGAUGAUAAACAAGCUGAACAACAUAAAGAGAGUGAAGGUAAAGAAGUGAGUAGUGAAUGUGUUUAUACAAGUGAGGAAAUAAAAGUAAAACGACAGCAUCAACAACAACAACAGCGACAAAGACACAAAUACAUUGAAAAUGAAGAAGAAAUAAGAUCACAGUCGAAUAAUUCAUUAUUUAAUACAUUUAUUGUGGAUGAUAAUACAGAUACACAUUAUGUAGAUAAUCUGAUGAUUACCAAUCUGAUCAUUGUUUACGGCUAUACAAUGGACGCGUACACUUGUAUUACUGGCUUGUUGAAUGCUGGUGUCAGUGGAAAGUGUAUAAUCAUGAUACAACCACCAAGGAUGAAGAAUUAUCCAUCAGGUUUUGAUAGUUUACUCACUGAACAGAAAGUUCAUGAACAUAUGCAGAAUUUGAAAAUUCGUUUUGGUUAUGAUUUUGUUUUGGACUAUUGGAAUAAUGGUGAUGCUGUGUCAAUGUCGUGUAAUAUUGAAACUGUUACAUUCAAUUUGAGCGGAAAACAAUUAACUAUACCAUGUUCAGGAUUAUUCUGUUUCCACAUGAGGACUGUAGAUAUGGAUAUAUUUAAAGCCUUGAAUGAUUCAUGUCUAGUCUUUGAUUCACGUUUGGUGAUUGAUACCAAUUUUCAUACAAAUGAUCCUUCAAUACGCGCUGCUGGUCCGAUAACAAAAUUCAAGCGUAUUUAUUAUGACGACUUUUGGAGGCAUGAAAUUGCACAUAGUCUAGAAGUUGGACAGCAUCUGGGUACUCAAUUGUUAGACUUAUUUGAUCCAAAUAUUGAGAAGUUGAAAAAGCCACCGCAAGAUGAUUUACUAAUUUUACCAACUUAUGAAAAGCCCAAAGUAAUUGGUGCUUCACUACCAGGUAAUUUAAACUAUCUUCACUACUCAAAGCCAUGUUUAUGGGAACCAUUGGAAAUUAGAAUGAGAAGUCCAGAUUUUGGUCGUUUAUUAGUAACUGGAGAAGAUUCUAAGGAACACCGAUACUUUUCAAUUCAUAUCAAUAAGUAUAAUUUAAUUCAAGGGCUAACUUGUCUAUCUGCAAAGGAAUUCCCAGCAGAAAAUUAUAUUCGACUUUACAAUGUACAUGAAUAUCUUUUAAAACACCUAGUAUCUAGAUUCGAUGAAGGUUUAAUCAGUGAUUUCUAUGCUUAUUUGGAUGAUAUAUGGACAUUGGCAGUUUAUCAUGAUCGGUUUUCAGAGUUUAAGUCUGAAAUACGCAGGUUAACAAGUGCUUGUUCGCUUACAAUCAGUGAAUCGUUAGCAACAAAAGUAGAAUCAAUCAUUGCAGAAAAAGAUGAGGUACCAGUGAAUGAUUUUCAAGAACUGAAGUUAUUAUAUGAUAACAAAUAUAAGAAGGAAGUUGAACAACGUUUUAUCAAAUUUAUUACACACAACUAUAAUUUACUACCAAUGUAUGCAAAGCCAGACCUUGUUUAA